AUGAUCGUGGACAAACUGCAGGAAGACAGCCGCGGCGGGGAAGGGCUGCUGGACGGCGCGGCCGGCGAGGGCGGCCUCAUGACCAGCCCUCUCAACCUGGCCUAUUUCUACGGGGGAUCGCCGCCGGCUGCGGCCUUGGGGGCGAACGAAGUCAGCUUCUCGUCUUCUGGGCACUCCACGCCCGGCUCCCCGGGCUCUGACUCCUCCGACUUUUCUUCUUCUUCGGUCUCCACGGCCUCGUCCUGUAGCGCUGUCGGAGAGUCCCGGGCCCGAGGGGGCCCCCGCGCGGACCGUGUGCCAGGUGAGCACCAUAUGGCUGGUGGAAGGCAACAGAGAGGACCCUUUCAAGGUGUUCGUGUGAGAAAUUCUGUGAAGGAACUCUUGUUGCAUAUAAGAAGUAGUAAGCAGAAGUCUCCUGCUCCAUCUGUGGAUGAUUUUAAGGCACAAAGUGUGACUACAGAGCAGUUUCCAGAAUUAAAGACAAUAUUGACACAUAGUGGGAAAAGGAAGGGAGCCGAACCUGUCUCCGAUGGACCAGUUUGCAAAAGGCCAGCUAUAUCAUUGCAGACCCAGAUUUUGACACCACCCCAAACUCCAACUCCUGUGGAUAGCAUGGAAGAUGUUCAUAUUAAUGAACCCAAACAGAACAACAAUUCUGAUCUGCUUCAGAACAUUAUGAACAUUAAAAAUGAAUCCAGUCCUGUUUCCCUGAAUACAGUUCAGUUUAGCUGGAUGAGUCCGGUGGUUAUCAAUCAGAGCUCCCCUAGGGAGCAGUAUCAGGAUUUCCAUGGAGGCCAGAUUCUUACUCCACCGCAGAAAUACCAGCCAUUCCAAGUCAACAGUCCCCCACAAAUGAUGGAGCAAUCACAGAUAUAUCAGUUUUCUUCUCCUCAAAGCCAAGACCUGCAACAGCCCUAUAGCCACAUUUCAGUCCCAGAAUGUAGUCCAUAUUCUGGAAAACCUCAGUCUCCUACUUUUGAACCAAACUUAUUUGAUGGGCAAGACCUGCUUUUCUGCCCAACACAAAGCUUUGCAUCUCUCCUAAGUGGUACUGGAGAACCCGAGAAUAUUGCUCUCCCCAUUCAGACUUCACCCAAUGCUCAGCAGCAGCAGCAGCCACCAGCGCAGCCAAAUGCUAUCAACACCCAGAAUUUUAACCUGGGGCCAAACAGUGCCUGUGAUGUCCUGCGUGGGCAGGAUCUAGGCUUAACACCUUUAAAUGUUUCCCUGCCACCAGGGAAUAUGACUGGAAAUUCAAUGAACACCACACAGUUAGGAAAGUCCUUCUUUCAAUGGCAGGUAGAACAGGAAGAAAGCAAACUGGCCAACCUCUCCCAAGACCACUUUCUUUCCAAAGAUGCAGAUGGGGAUACGUUGCUUCACAUUGCAGUUGCUCAAGGACGAAGGGCCCUGUCUUAUGUUCUGGCUAGGAAGAUGAGUGCUCUUCAGAUGUUAGAUAUUAAAGAACACAAUGGGCAGAGUGCCUUCCAGGUAGCAGUGGCUGCCAAUCAACACCUCAUUGUGCAAGACCUGGUGAACUUGGGGGCCCAGGUGAACACCACGGACUGUUGGGGAAGAACCCCACUGCAUGUCUGUGCUGAAAAGGGCCACUCACAAGUCCUUCAGGCAAUUCAGAAGGGUGCCAUCUGCAGCAAUCAGUUUAUAGAUCUGGAAGCAACCAACUAUGAUGGUCUGACUGCUCUCCACUGUGCUGUGGUGGCCCACAAUGCUGUGGUUCAUGAACUCCAGAGGAACCAGCAUCAUCGCUCACCUGAAGUCCAAGAGCUACUUUUGAAGAACAAGAGUCUGGUUGACACAAUCAAGUGCCUGAUCCAGAUGGGAGCCACUGUAGAAGCUAAGGAUCGCAAAAGUGGCCGCACUGCUCUUCAUUUGGCUGCCGAAGAAGCCAACCUAGAGUUGAUUCGCCUCUUUUUGGAGCUGCCUAGUUGCCUGUCUUUUGUGAACGCUAAGGCUUAUAAUGGUAACACUGCCCUCCAUGUGGCUGCCAGCCUGCAGUAUCGAGUGACCCAGUUAGAUGCCGUCCGUCUACUGAUGAGGAAGGGAGCUGAUCCAAGUACUAGGAACCUAGAGAAUGAACAGCCAGUUCAUUUGGUUCCAGAUGGCCCUGUUGGAGAACAGAUAAGAAGGAUCCUGAAAGGGAAGUCUGUUCAGCAGAGAGCACCGCCAUAUUAGCUCCAUGUGAUCUGAAAAUCUGUAGUCAACACUCACUGUCAGUUAGGCAGUCCUGUUAUAUCUGUAAAUAGACCAUUUGCCCUGUAAAUGGCAAAUGUAAGUUGUUUCUGUGAAACAAAGAUAUUUAGUUCACUAUUAUAUAGUGGGUUAUGUUAAAAGAGAAACAUUUUAAAAAAUUUAAUUCCUCUUAACAUAUUGGAAUUUUACAUUCCCAGGUGGCUGGGAUCUAAACACUUGGACUUAUAUUUUUUAGUGGUUAAAUUGACUAGGUAGGAGAAGAUUUUUUUGAUUUGUUAAUAUGAGGCAUUUAUCUGUUGGUGCCAGUUUCAAAGUGGACAAUUCACAAUUUUUUGGGGAGGAAUCAAAUAAUUUAAAAGAAAAAAUGAAUCUGAAAAUAACAUUAUGGUUGCAUUUUGCCCAAUGUGGCACUAUGUGGUUAAGCAUGUAACAUGUAUAUAGGUGUUUAGCCUUAUGAAUAGAUUAAACACAAGGAUUGUUGAAAUUUUCAGUGUAUGUAUUUGCUUUCUCUGUUUCAAAACUAGAUUAGGUGUACACGAGGCAUUAGACAAAUGACUACUCCAAAUUUUAAGUGACUAAAGAUUUUUUAAAUGUAUUAAUUAUUGCUGAUACAGAUCUAAAGAAGCUUUUGUUUUUUAGCUACCCAGCAAGUUUCUGUGGAGAAACUGAAUGGAGAAAUUGGCACAUUUUGAAAGAGUUUCAUUUAGUACAUUAUCUUGAUAUUUUCUUUUCAUUCUCUGAGCUUCUAAUAAUUCUUCUGAUAAGAAUUACAUGUUCUUGAGGACAACAGUUAUUUCCUUCAGGAUUUUUGGGCUGUAGGAAUAGCAUAAAGUCAGCAUUAAAGCAAUGUUAGUCACCCAGAUAUUUUUCUUCUUAAUAAAUGUACUAAUGAUAAUGUAUAGUCAUUUCAUAUUUAUUGUAUAGUGAAAAAUAUUCUAUUUUAUUUUUUAGUUCUCAUAAUAAUGUUAAUAUACUCUGUUAACACUGCCUGAUUGCCAAGGUACUCAAUUUAACUUGUACAGCUAUGAUUACACACUAAUUCCUUUAAAAAAAAAAAGACAAAAAAUUUUCAUAAAUGAUGGGACAGAUCUUUGUGACUAACUUAAAUUCCUUUAAAAAAGAUAGCUUUUGGUUUGAUCACAUUGUUUGACCAAGUAUGUCUUGUGGACAAAAGUUGUAAACAUUUGGCAUCAAUGCAUGUGGUUAUGAUGUAUACGGUUGUUUACUUCAAAUAACUUCAUAUGGAUUUAAAUAAAAGUUUUAAUUCAGUUAUGCUACUGUUUUAAAAGUGUCUUCUCUUCCCUUGGAGCCAUUAAAAUCUUAAAAGGGAUGGCAAAAAUUGGUGCUAGAUCAGUUACUGACAUUGUUGAAGAAAAUAAAACAUUUUAUUGUCGCUGUUAUGUCCACCUCAGGUCUGUGAGAUGCUGAAUAGCAUAUGCCAAAUAGUUAUCCUCUAGAAGUUUGUAUGUUAAUGCAUCUUCCGUCCAGCAAGAU